AUGGCUACUGCACGGUCUCUGGCAAAUCCGGAUUCCCUGGCAGUCCUGACAGAUGCCGUCAAUCAAACGCUUAUUGACACAGGGCGUUUUUUCAAAAGCUCGGGGUCUCUACAAUCUCGAACACACCUGAAGACGUCAAUUCCAGCGUCGUACCAAAGAUUCCAGAUUGCCCUGGACACAUUGUCUGAACAGAUUUUUAUCGCAAAGGCAUACCUGGAACGAGAUUAUGAAAUCGUAACGGCUAGGAAAGUGGCGCCAAAGCUGGAGCCAGCGCCAGUUUCUGCUCCUGCUCCUGCUCCCGCCGCUAUUCCUGCUCCUUCUCCUCCUGCCCCCGCUCAACCCACAGCAGAAGACGUUCCCAUGGCAGAAGCUCCAGUGUCAAUAUUGAGUGAGCCGGUCAAGGAAUCCAUUGAGAAAACAGAACAGCGAGAUCACCCCAUCAAGACAGAGCCACUAGCUGCACCAGACCCAUUUCAGUUUGAAGAGAAAGCAGAACCUAGUACGCAGAAUGCUGCAGCAACGGAAAGGAUUGGGACUUUGAAAGCGGAGGAAAUAACCGAUAAAGGCGAGCAACCGCUGACUCUCACUACCGGAGACGAAAUGAAUUUUGAUUCAAUGCUUGCUACGACUGGUGAGACUACGAAUGAAUUUGAUAUGAACUUCAAUUUCACAAACGAUGAAAUCGGGAACCAAAACUUCCUCGCCGGGUCAGAUUUCAUCAAUGCCAAUCCCGCUAUGGCAGGAGACGCGAACGCUGACAACGGGGCGGGCUCAAUCAGCUCUCUCCUCCCAGGUCUCGAGAGCUAUGCUACGGAUAGCAAUGCGGGGGAUAACUUCAAUUUUGAUCUGCCUAAAUUAGAGGAUCAGUCGCUAGGUGGACAAGGUCUUGAUCAAAGCAAUGCAGGGCAGGAUAAUUUGAUGGCGCUGGGUGAAUCCAGUUUCGAUGACCUUUUCAUGGAAAAGGAUAAUAAUCUGGAAGGCGAAAACAGCUUACUUGGAGGGGACUUGAUGGACUUGGGCGAAUUGGACGAUUCCUGGCUGAACUAG